GGAGGACCGAGCCGGCCUGGAGGAUAGGGGACAUAGAGAGUCAAAGGAUGCAGAAAGGGAGGAGAGGAGGGUUGAGGAGGCAGAAUCAGGAGAUAGGUUGGAGAAGGUUUGAGCAGAGGGAAGAGAUGAUAGGAUGGAAGAGGAGAGAGUAGCGGGGGAGAGAGAGCGAAGGUUGGGACGGCGCGAUACCAUCCGAGUAGGGGCAGUGUGGAAGUGUUGGAUGAGAGCGAGAGGGAAAAGGAUACAAGGUAGUGGUCGGAGACUUGGAGGGGAGUUGCAAUGAGAUUAGUGGAAGAACAGCAUCUAGUAAAGAUGAGGUCAAGCGUAUUGCCUGCCUUGUGAGUAGGGGGGGAAGGUGAGAGGGUGAGGUCAAAAGAGGAGAGGAGUGGAAAGAAGGAGGCAGAGAGGAAUGAGUCAAAGGUAGACGUGGGGAGGUUAAAGUCACCCAGAACUGUGAGAGGUGAGCCAUCCUCAGGAAAGGAACUUAUCAGGGCGUCAAGCUCAUUGAUGAACUCUCCAAGGGAACCUGGAGGGCGAUAAAUGAUAAGGAUGUUAAAUAUCUUUCUGGGUAAGUCUCUAAGAGCUUUGAACACCUGGAUUGUACAAUAUUUGCACAUAAUUCCUUUUGAAUAUAUUGCAAGCUCUGUCAAGUUUGCUUUUGAUCAUUGCUAGACAGCCAUUUUCAAGUCUUGCCAGAGAUCUUCAAGCCAAUUUAAGUCAAAACUGUAACUAUGCCACUCAGGAACAUUCACUGUCUUCUUGGUAAGCAACUCCAGUGUAUAUUUGGUCUUGUGUUUUAGGUUAUUGUCCUGCUGAAAGGUAAAUUUGUCGCCCAGUGUCUUUUGGAAAGCAGACUGAACCAGGUUUUACUCUAGGAUUUUGCCUGUGCUUAGCUCAAUUCCAUUUAUUUUUAUCCUAAAAAAAAACUCAGCAGUACUCAGUGUUGUGUUGGAUUUGCCCCCAAAUCAUUACACUUUGUAUUUUAAUUUAGUGCCUUAGUGCAAACAGGAUGCAUAUUUUGGAAUAUUUGAAUUCUGUACAGCAAGGGUGUCAAACUCAUUCCAUGGAGGGCCUAGACUGCUGGUUUUCGGUUUCGCCUUUCAAUUAAGCCCUAGACAACCAGGGGAAGGGAGUUCCUUACUAAUUAGUGACCUUAAUUCAUCAAUCAAGUAUAAAGGAAGAUCAAAAACCCGGAGACACUCAGCCCGCCGUGGAAUGAGUUUGACACGUGAUGUACAAACUUCCUUUUCACACUGUCGUUUACGUUAGUACUGUGGAGUAACUACAAUGUUGUUGAUCCAUCUUCAGUUUUCUCCUAUCACAGCCAUUAAACUCGCUAACUGUUUUAAAGUCAACCAUUGACCUCAUGGUGAAAUCCCUGAGCGGUUUCCUUCCUCUCCGGCAACUGAGUUAGGAAGGACGCCUGUAUCUCUGUAGUGACUGGGUGUAUUGAUACACCAUCCAAAGUGUAAUUAAUAACUUCACCAUGCUCAAAGGGAUAUUCAGUGUCUUUUUUUUUACCCAUCUACCAAUAGGUGCCCUUUGCGAGGCAUUAGGAAACAUCUCUGGUCUUUGCGGUUGAAUCUGUGUUUGAAAUUCACUGCUCGACUGAGGGACCUUACAGAUAAUUUCAUGUUUGGGGUGCAGAGAUGAAGUAGUCAUUAUAAAAUCACGUUAAACACUAUUAUUGCACAUUUAUCCAUGCAACUUAUGUGACUUGUAAAGCACAUUUUUACUCCUGAAGUUAUUUAGGCAUCAUAACAAAGGGGUUGAAUACUUAUUGACUCAAGACCAGUGGAGGCUUCUGAGGGCAGAACAGCUCAUAAUAAUGUCCGGAUACGGGGAAAAUGGAAGGCUUCAAACAGCUGGAAACCAUGUGAUUGAUGUAUUUGAUACCAUUCCACUGGUUGCGCUCCAGUCAUUACCACAUGCCCAUUCUCUCCAAUUAAGGUGCCACCAACCUCCUGUGCUCAAGACAUUUCAGCUUCUCAUUUGUAAACAUUUCUAUAAACAUAAUUUCACUUUGACAUUCUGGAGUAUUGUGUGUAGGCCACGAACACGAUCUUAAUCGAAUUCAUUUUAAAUUCAGGCUAUAACACAACAAAAUGUGGAAAAAUUCAAGGGGUGUGAAUUAUUUUUGGAAGGCGCUGUAUAUUAGUAGGCUAUAUGUAAAGACCAGAUUGAAUUGAGAAUAGUCUGAUGGAUGAGACUAUUAAGUGCUUGUAAAAUUGUGAAUGAGAGGCUGAUGAAGUGUGUGCAGCGGUCUAAGGCACUGCAUCUCAGUACAAGAGGCUUCACUGCGGUCUCUGGUUCGAAUCCAGGCUGCAUCACAUCCGGCUGUGAUUGGGAGUCCCAUAUGGCGUCGGAAUUGGCCCAGCGUCAUCCGGGUUUGCCAGGGUAGGCCAUCAUUGUAAAUAAGAAUUUGUUCCUAACUGACUUGGCUAGUUAAAUAAAGGUUCAAUAAAAUUACAUAAGGACGACUCCGAAUAUGCUAUUUUGUUCUUCUGAAAUAGGCUACAUUUUCUUCAUAUCAUAAUGUUUCUUCAGACCUGCCUUAAAUAAAUAAUGGAUUUAUUGUGAUAGUGUAGGCUAUAUUCAAUGGUUUUAUUAGACUUUUUUUUAAUGUAAAUGUUCCAAAGGUCUGCAUCAGUGGCUUGUUGGCUAUGCGUGGAAGCCCAGAGAUGCUCGGCGUGUUUAUGUUAAUUAACAGUCAAUUACCAUGAGACCGACAGUUAUUUUCAUGACGUUUACCGGCUGACACAAUGUCAUGACCGCCACAGUCCUAACCAGGGUUGAAAAAGGGUAGCCUAUAAUUAAUGUGUUUGGUGUACAAGUGAUUUACCAUUUGUUCUUUCAGAGAUUAUUGAAUUGACUUUCUUCAAUUACGGAAAGGGAUUGAACGAUGGAAAGUGAACUUGCCCAUUUAGCAGACUACGCCAAUAAGUAUUUACAUGUAAUUGGGGAUGUAACAUCCGUAGCAUCAUUUGCAUGGCAGGGUAUCACAACAGAACAACAGGUUGUUAUUCCUGUGAUAACCAAGGUCUAUGGAAGUGCCUUGGCUCUCACAAUGUGUUUGUUUAUAAAUAACCUGUAGGUCACCAUACUAAUAAUACUGCCACUUAGAUUUAUUAGGCUCACGUGGGCUUUUUACAAUAUAUUACAUAAGAAAAAAGACAGGUUUUAUAACAUGUUAUGUUUUUACUUACUUACUUUGUACUCUUCUUCUCUGCUAUCCGUCUGCUCCACUUUUCCUAUUUCUGCCCCCUCCUCCUGGCCCUUUCCAGCUUGCUCCCUCCCUCCCUCCCUCUCUUACCUUACCCUCUCACUUUCUUUCUCUUUCUGUCAUUUCCAGGUUGCCACUUGGUCACUACAGACACUAUGCUCUCUCUCAGCUCUCUCCCCACCACCGUUGUCCCCAGCCUCCCCUCCUCUCCAGGAGAAUGUGCUACUGGGGGACCGAGGGUAUGGUCCUCCAACCAGGAGGUAGCUCUGUUCCAGACCCUGCAAGAGGCUCUGAGGGAGAUCGACCUGCCUGAAACACAGGACCUGCCACAGGGUAUGAGUCACUCUGAGCUGUGUGUCUGUGUUUUGGGAUCCCCCCUCCCCUACCUCUCUCUGCUGUUGGAGGCAGGCCAACGGAGCCCAGGAGAUGCUCUCCUGUGUCUUUCUCCGUCCUGGCUCUCUCACGCCUCCCCCUCCCUCCUGGUCCACAAGGCUGUCACCUUUGACUUGGGAGGCCGCACUUUCCUCUCCAACUUCAACCCCCCUCGCAAGGUCACCUACUUCCUGUCAUGUGACCCUUGGGCUGAGGAGGAAGUGACCCGGGAGACAGACUGCCCAAGCGGAGGUUCUGGCGCACUGUGUCGAUUCUGGGGGGAUGUUCUGACCGCCAGGGUUCUGCUGCAAAAGGCCAAGAUCCACUGCCCCCCGACGCUGGCCUUACUGUUGCCCCCAGGACAGAUGGGGCUGGAGGAGGGCAGGACAGGAGGGGUGGAGGUGGUGCACCUGGAACAGGGGGUGGUGGGAGGGAUGAACUCCAUCCGAAACAAGGUGGACUCUUUCCUGGAGUCUGAGGAUAUGAAGGGAUCUGAGAGUGUGGUGCUCAGGCGCAGUGGUGGGACGUUCGUGGGCGAGGCAACCUCACCCCCUGUCUACCUGUCCAGGAACAACAGGGAUGAGGUCUGGGCCAAGGUAGGUUAUCUCCUGCCCCAGCUCCUCCCUGGAGAGGCAGUGCUGCUGGAGGCCUACUGCUCCCCACUGAAGCCUGGGCCGCGGGUAGAGGACCGCACCUGGGAACAGUACACCGACUGCAGGCCUCAGGUUCCAGACCUGUCCUUCAGACUGUGUGCCAUCGUAAGUCGCUCACCUCUGGACCUGCCUCUCCUCUACAAGUUGGUGUGUAGAGUGGGUGUGUCCGACACCCCUCUCUCUCACAGCCACUCCCUCUCUCAGUCCUUGGAGACCACCCUAUUAGAGUGCGGUUUCACUGACCCUACCAUGGCAACUUCUCUCCAUCGCUUAGCAACGGACACCGCCCUGUCCUGCCUUCGUGUUGUCAUGGAAACAGAGUCAAGCAUGUCCGCGGAACUGCGUGGUGGAGCGGGCGCCCAGACCGACAUGAUAGGUGUAGACCUCCUCUUCACCAUGGAUGGUUACAUCAUCAGCCCUGUUGUCCUUGGCCUCCACCCCUCCCUCUGUCUCCGCUCCUCCUUCCCGGAGCAAGGGAUGGGGCUGGAGGGACGUGACAGUGGGAUAGAGGGGUGGAGUAGGGGCACCCUCCUCCUCACCCCCCUCCUCCGCUCCCAGUACUACCUGAUGCAGGAGAAGACUGUGCUGGUGGUGGGAGCUGGAGGACACAGUAAGAAGUUCAUUUGGGGAGCAGCCAAAAAGUACAAACUCAAGAUCCUGCUGGUGGACUGUGACCCCACCCACUUCGCCUCCCAGUUGGUCGACCACUUCCUGCCCCUGCCAGACCUGCCCGACCACCGCCGUGACGACCAGCACUGCUCCCGCAUUUGUGAUUGGCUGUUGUCCUCUGGGCUCCGCCCUGAUGGCUGCGUGUGUUUCUGGGAUGACUGCGUGGUGCUGACGUCUCUGGUCUGUGAUAGGCUGGGGCUCAGGGGGCCUCCCCCCGAGGCCAUCCGCAUUGCGAAGGAGAAGAGCCGCACCCACAGGCACCUCCUGGGCUUACUGAAGUCUACUGGGACUAACCUGACCAGUGUUGAGCAACCCUCCGGUCAGGCGGAUGGCCUGGUUGAGUUUAGAGAAGGUGAGAGGAGAGGCAGACAGCAGAACGGUAUGGUCAACGGCAUGGUCAACAUGGAAGGAGAUAGCAUGAGAGCUAUGGCCGAUUUUGACAGGGGGGAUCUCUUCAAUGAGGCAAUGGGCAAACCCGACACUACCGCCCCUACCUCUUCAUCCGCCUCAGCCUCCUCGUCCUUCUCACUGUCCUUCGGCACUUUCCGGCCCUCCGCUCCCCUCCUUUCUCCCUCCCCUUCUUCCUAUGCUGUUCCCUGUAUCCAUGUGGAGAGCGCCCUGGAUCUGGAGAAGGCAGCCAGUGGGGGGGAGCGAGGGCCUGGUGGGGCCAGUGUAGGGGUGGUGAGGUUCCCUGCCGUCAUGAAGCUGGAGUAUGGGGCCGGGGCGGUGGGCGUGAGGAAGGUGGGCUCUCUGGAGGAAAGCCUGGCACACUUUGAGAGGAUUGGAGGGGACCUCCGCGAGGAGACAGACUACCCUGGCAUUGGCCUGGGCUGGGGCAACGCCAUGACCCUCAUGGAGUACGUGGGAGGCACAGAGCACGACGUGGAUGUGGUUCUGUUCGAGGGGCGACUGGAGGGCGCUUUCGUGUCCGACAAUGGCCCCACCCGUGCCCCGGCUUUCACCGAGACGGCCUCCCAGAUGCCCUCGGGGCUGGCGCCGGACAAGCGCGCUCAGCUGAUUCGCGCGGCGCACCACGCCUGCAUGGGCUGCGGCCUACAAGACGGCGUGUUCAACGUUGAGCUGAAGAUGACAGAGGUGGGCCCGAGGCUCAUCGAGAUCAACGCCCGCAUGGGCGGCUUCUACUUGCGCGACUGGAUCCGCCAGCUGUACGGCGUGGACAUCCUGAUGGCCGCCUUCAUGGUGUCCUGUGGGGUGCGUCCGUGCCUGCCCUCGGCCACAGCGCUCCCAGCCAGAGGCCACUUUGCUGGGGUGAUGGUUGUGGUGUCCCAGCACCUCCAGGCCCUGAGAAGCACAGCCAGCCCUGAGCGCCUGCGAGGACUGCACCAGGACGGGGCGCUGUGGCUGAACGAGCUGGCUGAGGAGGAUGAAUUGAUCUCUGGGGAGUACGAGGAGCCCUUCUGUAAUGUCGGGGUGAGAGACGCCCACAACGCCGCCAACGCUCGCCAGCGCCUCCUCGCCCUCUGCCAGGGGCUAGGCCUGCACUGUCCUCCACGCUACGACCUGGGGUACUUCCUGUCCCACUUCAAUUAGACAGGAAGUCAGGUGGGAGAAGCACCUGGGGUUUGUUCAGGAGGGUGCAAUGUUUAAAUCGAUUCCCUAUUCUGCAUGACAGAGAAGCAUAUGUGUUUUAGUCCUGUCUAAAUGUUUGUUCCUAACAUUGGACCCUUCUGAAUAGAACCCAUGUUUAGCACGUGUAUGCUUUGUGCAGGGUUUUUUUUUGUACUAGGGGCAAGGGUUAGUUUAGUUAGCUUAAAAGGUACAUCACAGCAAGAAAAAACACUCAUGUUAUAUCAAAACAUAUCUCACUACCUUUCAAUUUUUCUCACUUAAAUUUUAGGGACCAUCUCAGGAAUACAAGUUUCAAAAAGGUAUCCUCUUCAGUGAUUAGCCGAGAAUAGGGUAUGGGUGUCGUAUCUAUCUACCAGGGUUCAGGAAAUGAUUUAAAUAAAACAAUUGAAAAACGUUUUCAAUAAAUAGCUUCUACUUCUCAUUUUAUUGAGAAGUCAUUAAAAAAAAUAGAGGCCCUUGGUUAAAUUAUGGAAUUGGUAUGUUGGUUAACUUCCUGAAUUGACAGCAUUCAAUUUGAAUUGAACCCAACCCUGCUAUCUAUUAUGUUGUUGUAUCAGCAGUCUACUCAACUGGGUCGUUCCACAAAAUGAGUGCCCUUUGAUAUUUUAAGCAGUGCACAAAUAUUGCAUUUUAAAAGCCUGUCCUGUUAAAUGAAGUGCCAUUUUUAAAAGUCAUUUCUGAAGAUUCUUAUUUAUUUCAUGUAAUUAGUGAUUUAAUUUUAAGUAAAAUACCUUGGCGACCAAUAUUUAGCGGCGAUCCAAAUGCUGAUGACUACAACGCCCCUCAUCACCACAAUCGACUUCAGUGAUGGCAGUCUCAUACUAAAGUAUGUAGGGAACGACAGAGCAGCGGAAUAUUUUAGUGUGGGUCGUCAAGCUACAAAAAAAACCCGUCCCUGAUUUUAAAAGUCAACCCUGUUGCCUGAACUGAUCUCUCGUUCAAGUUGGUGAAACUAUAAAAAAAUUUAAUAUAUUAAACGGAUGAGCUGGUUCUAUUCUUUUUGGCCAUUUUCUGGUGUUUUGUUGUGGGAAAUUUAGCUGGUUGACCAUAACAUGUCAACCCUGUUACCCAUAGAUGAAUCUAACGUAAUAGGCUUAAAAGAAACACCUGAGUGGCGUUUUCUUUCUUUCUGGUCCUGGUGAGAAGAAAAAAACUGUCGGGGGAGGUCCUCUUUGGACUGUUGAACCAGUCCAGUAAAUGUGGAGGGGUUACGAUGUCUUGUCGCCGUGUUAACGUCGAAAAGUUAACGUCGAAAAGCAGAAGUCGCAACACAGGCCCUCUUUCCAUUUCCCUUGAAAAACGGAACCGUCCAUUUACCCGACCCCGCAAAGGGUGCCCAUAGAGAGAGACAAUUUAGAAGGGAAAAAAUGUCAUUUAUUUUAUUGUGAAGCUUGCAUACAAUUGCCCCUCCCUGUUGCACGCAACAAGCGUCCAUUCCCCCUGUCACGGGGUGAUUUAUGGCUGAUUUAUAAGAGGAAGUUGUCAACCCUGUUCCUUUAAUAGGCACUUACUAUAGUCAUUCUUUUGAGAUGGAUGUUUGUCAGUAAGUUGAACAUGUGCUCUUUACGACAAUCUUAAAAUGGAUGAAAUAAGUUUUUUUGUUCACUAAGUUGCACUACUCAAAAGGCACCUGAUUGGUGGAACGACCCUACUACAUUUAUAAUCCAGCCAUAGACGUUGAUUAAUAGCCUGCACACUGAACACAUAGCAGUCCAGGGUUGGGGGGGGGUUGUUAUAUUACACAUACUGUAGGUCAGUGUCGUUAGCUAAAUAGUUAUCUGAAGGAAGAGCAGAAGAAGAUUUUGAGGAAGGGGGUUUGAGGAGAGCAGUGCAAUAGCUGGAACAGGUGGACAGGGGUGCUGAUUGCGGAACAUUCUAAAUCCUGGCUCAGAGGUGAUGUCUGCGGGGUCGGCGCGUUUGAACUACUUGGAAAAUGUGGAAUUCUGGAACUCUGCCUCCCUCAUUCUUAGUUAGAGGUUGUGUGAAAGUUCAUGUCUAAAUUAGCAAGGUUGAGGUGAAAGGUUGUUCCACCCCAAAAUAAGUAACUUAAAGAGUACGGAAAUGGAGAUUUAAUUACGCCACAUACUCACACCCAUUUUUCCCCGGCUUAGCCCAUAAAAGCAGUGUGUUAUUUUGUUAUGGAAGUCAUUUGAGGCAGUUUCACCAUUGCAAAUGCGUUGACCCCGGAACAAGACCUCGUCUUGGCAGUUAGUGUCUGUGGUGUGGCAUUUGCGGUGUGGUGUCAGGUGUACUCAGUAGGCUUGAUGAAACUGAGAUGCCAUCCCUCAGUACCCCCCCAGACAAGGGUUAAGGAUUUCCUGCUUCUUCUGUUUCUGAUUGUUUAUGUAUUUCUGAGGUAAUAUUUGGAAAUUAUAUAGUAGCAGACACUUCUGACUUUUCUUCAAAAAGGAGGUGUGACAGGAAAGUUAAAGAAUAAAACAACCGAGCCAGAUUACAUCACUAAAACCAAAACAAAAAAUCCCCAAAUCCAAACUUUUGUAUUAACUUAAUAUGUAAUGUGUUCAUGUUGUCAUGUUUUGUUAAUUGCUUUAUUUGUUAAGUUUCAAUGCAUCUGAUUAUGAAUGUGUUAUUGAUAUGUAACAUCACAGAUAUGAAUGUAAUGUUUAGAUUAACACAUUGUUUUACAAAUAUAUGCGUCAUAAAUAAUUUCACCAUAUGCGAGCAAUGGAGAACAAGGCCUUAAAGUUAACACAGAUUUAAAGGGAUUUUUCUGUUGCUUAGUUAUAUUGACAAACAAUAACUGGUGUGGAAAUUACUUUUUCUUUAACAAAGUUUUGAAUCAAGAUCAAGUGUUUUGAUUCAGCUACUGUUCUGAUUCAAAUGUAAAUGUACAUUUCCUGUGUUAUGUAAAAUACAAUAAACAUUCAAAUCAACAGAC